AUGGUCCCAGAGGUACCCAGGCAGGCAGAAACAGGCUUCCCACCUGCAACCUCAAACAAGAAGCGUCAUUCGCUCUCCCUCAUCUCCAUCAUGCCCAUCCUUCCAAUCCGGCUAAAGGAUGGAGCCUUGGAAGGCUGGGCGGCGGGUGGCGGGUGGAUGCCAAGUGUCACAUCCUCUCCGCCCAUGUCUGGGACGACUUCUCUGAGCACCACGGGCAGCACUGCCCCAGUGCUCGAAUAUCUGUGCCUCUUCACCCGCGACCUGCGACGAAAGCAGAAGAGAUGGCAGGACGGGAGACUCAAAUACCACACAUUCAACAAACGCAUCAUGGUUUAUGACGAUCGAGGCAACUUCGUUGGCGACACGCACUGGCGAGACGACUGCGAUCUUGGUGCUGGCGAAGAGGUGGAGCUGGAGCGGGGUGGUGUCAUUGUCCAAAUUUCAGACUGUGUUGGGCGACAGACUCAGGAUUUGUCCGAGCUGAUAGACAAGCCGCUUCAGGAGAAGCAGCAGCGUCAUGCUGCUGCGGCAUCUAGAACACCAGCACCCUCGCUUGUCCGCCGGCCCGAUCCUCGACUCCAACCGCCGCCCGACCAUUUCCAGCUUCGACAUCGACCCUUGAAAGAUUUAAUUGGGGCGCCAACAACUUCAAGAUCGAAAGACCAAGGAGCCAUCCAACCCGGUCGUUCCCGGCAGAACCAUCCUCCACACCUUGCCGCCUCACUUGGCCAGACAUCGCACCGGCGAAGGAAGGAAGCGUCUCAAUGCUCCGAAACCCUGGCUGAUGAGACCCCACAGGAGAAGAAUCGCCCGUGCCGCAGCGAAGAAACGGUAUAUCACCACUCUGUCGAAGAAGACAUUGACGAUGUCGGUACGACUGAUGGACCGAAGGAUGGUCCUGUCCUGCCCCAUAACGAUAAUGCCACCGGGCCAGUCGCCCCGGUACCGGCUGGCCCUCGCCUGAUCAGGCUUGGGAGGAAGAGUGUCAAGAGUAGGGAGCUCAUCGGGUUUGUCCCGAGGGAUGCCAGCGCGCCCAACGGGUCCGAGAGAUCAGCAUUGAUAGGGGCAGGUCUUGCCUCGGAGGGCUUCCCCUUGGCUCCCAGUCGAUGUAAUUUGGCCGCUGGGAAACCCACUUCGGAACCCGGUGUGGGCAUAUUGUCAAAUGACGACCAAACCAGGGCGGUGAGCCCACAGCCCGUUGUUCAUGGAAGUUGCCAUGCCGGUGAUCACCAGCCACCCCGGGCAAAACUUCUGACUCAGGAACUCGCUCGGCCAGCCUCCACAACCCCCGGCUGUUUAGACGAAGGAUCAGAUGAAUCAGGUUCGGUUCAGGGCAUCGGAAGUCCCGCUGAAGCCAAAUCUCACUCGUCGAGGCACUCGGAGCAGAAUCUUGAUCAGACACACGCUCCUGCCGUUCCCAAACCUGAUUCCAUCGACAUCUGCGAUGCAUCGGCAGCGGUGCAAGGGGCUCAGAAUCGGCCGUCGAAGUUGCCGAACCCGGCAACGCGGGGCCGUAAGGCGGCUCUGAAAGCCGAUGCGGCUGGACAGGCACCUCAGUCUUUCCUGCCUGUUGAUACGACGGUGGGCCUCGUCACUCGUUCAGGGGGGGGCAGCAGUUCGGCGACACCCGGGGCUGGAAAAAACGAGCCCGCCAGGAGAAAGAUGACAUUCCCUGGUUUCGUUUCCGUUGGUGGCGGUGGCCCCUGGAGCAGAGAAGCUCAUGACCUGCUUGCGACGGGGCGACCGGGGUGA